AUAGUACACACCGAAACGGACACAUCGGCGGACUAGCAGCACAGACUGCCGCGGAGGGUUUCACAUACACACCGUCUCUUACUUUGGGAGCUUCUCUUUUUACUCAAAUAAGGAAUUGCCUAUUUUUGGAGAGAUGGCCCAGGAGACCAAUCAAAGCCCCGUGCCCAUGCUCUGUGCCACUGGCUGCGGUUUCUAUGGUAACCCUCGGACCAAUGGCAUGUGCUCGGUCUGUUACAAAGAGCAUCUAAUGCGGCAAAACAACGGUGGAGUCAGUCCUAUUAGCACAAUGGCUUCCAGCAGUGUCACCAGUAGUCCUACCUCUGAAGCCUCAGCCAUCCAGAUCAUUGAAGCUACGCUUAACAACUCUUCUGCUGCUAGCGCUGAGUCGCCCUGCGCAGCCGCCGCCGCUGCCCUUCCGGUUACACAACAGAUGACUGAGAUGAGCAUUUCCUGUGAAGAUGAUGCCGCCUCGCCAAAAGUAGAUCUUCCUGAGCCAGUUGUCACUCAGCCCACAGCGUCCAGCGCACCUCCAAGCACAGCUGAAGAGGAGGCCAAAACCGCCGGAGCCCCCAAACCCAAGAAGAACAGAUGCUUCAUGUGCCGCAAGAAGGUCGGCCUGACGGGGUUCGACUGCCGCUGUGGGAAUCUCUUCUGUGGUCUCCAUCGCUACUCAGACAAGCACAACUGCCCGUACGACUACAAGGCCGAAGCCGCCGCCAAGAUCCGCAAGGAGAAUCCAGUGGUGGUGGCCGAUAAAAUCCAGAGAAUAUAAAGCUCUCGUCCGCCGCUUCACCUCCAUUUAGCGAGAGACGAGAGGAAAGGACUCGCACUUUGACCUGUGAUUCUAAAGACUAGUUUUUUUAAUUACCGUAUGGGGAAGAAGCCGCUUUCUAAGCCAAUGCAUGAGUGAUCACCGUCUCCAUCUUUCUGUUGUCAGUAAAUGAGCUUCACAUUGAAACGAACGAGAGGAAGAAAAAAAGAAAACGUGUGUGUGUGUGUGUUUGUUUGUGUGUGAAUGUGUGGUCAUUGGUUUAGUCUGUGUUGUGGACUCUUGAAGACUGUUACGGCUCUGAGCGCCGGCGGAGCAGCAGUGCAUGGCUGGCUCAUGUAGCACACGGACGCUCUUCACUUCCUCAUGGAGUCGCCUUCACCACACUAGCAGACGCUUUCCCGUGAUUCAACUCUUCAAGUGUUUCUUUUUUUUUUUUUUUUUAAACCGUUCAGCGACUUUGUGAGAGAAAAAAAUAUUACAUAACAAUCCAAAUCAGAUGGUUUAACGCAGCCAGACCAGAAUGCUUCAGUUUUGACAGAGCACAUCCAACAGUUGCAGGCUUAGAUGGGGCAACUAAUGCAAAACCAUUGACUUCUGAUCCUUUAAGACAUUUGAUGAAUACGAUGAUUUAGUUUGAGUUGUAAUGUGACGGCAGUUUCGGGGCUGGUUCAGAGAGUUGUGGGGGUUUUUAAGUGGGUGUUUUGCAUGGUUCGUGAAUUGAGUAUUUUACAGUUGACUGCAAACUACAGGUCCGUUUCUUUCUGCUUCACUCUUCUUCUGUUUGUGUGUGUGAUUGAUCUUUUCAGUGGGUAUUGACUGUGCUGUUGUUUAGUGUCAUUCAAUCAGAUCUUUGAGUGUCGUCACUCGGUGAACGCCGUGGUCAUUUUUCUGUCUGUUUUCCAGGUUUUGGGUCUGGCUGCUCAGUGCUGUUUUGUUUUAGAGAUUUGAGUUUACACAGUAAAACUAACCUUUUGAUUUUAGUUAUGCAAGUUUGUACAAACCAUCUUUAUUUAUUAUAUGUAGUGCGCAUAUAAUCUUGUUACCCGACAUUACUGAGAAAUUGUAUCAUGUAAAUAAAAUUAUGUACAGAGAUAUCA